AUGUUCCCGUUAGACUCUCCGUGGAACAUCUCCUUCGCAGGCUGCGGCUUCCUGGGGAUCUACCAUGUCGGUGUGGCCAGCUGCCUGCAGGAGCAGGCUCCCUUUCUGGUCCACAACGCCAGGCACAUUUAUGGAGCAUCAGCUGGGGCUCUGACCGCCACUGCUCUGGUCACUGAAGUAUGUCUGGGGGAGGUAGGUGCGAGCAUCAUCGAGGUUGCCAAGGAGGCAAGGAAGCGAUUCCUCGGACCCAUGCAUCCUUCCUUUAACCUGGUGAAGAUCGUGCGCCACAUGCUGCGGCGCACGCUGCCGUCUGAUAGCCAUCUGCGGGCGAGCGGGCGACUGGGAAUCUCUCUCACUCGGGUGGCAGAUGGAGAAAAUGUUCUGGUGUCCCUCUUCAACGGCAAGGAGGAGGUGGUGCAGGCAUGUGUCUGCAGCGCCUACAUCCCGGUGUAUUGUGGCCUCAUUCCUCCCACACUUCAAGGAGUGCGAUACGUUGACGGAGGAAUCUCAGACAACCUGCCUCAGUACGAGCUGAAAAACACCAUCACCGUGUCCCCGUUCUCGGGAGAGAGCGACAUCUGCCCACGAGACACCUCCACCAACAUCCACGAGCUGCGCUUCACCAACACAAGCAUCCAGUUCACCCUCACCAACCUGUACCGAGUCUCCAGAGCUCUCUUCCCUCCGGAUCCAAUGGUUAUGAAGGCCAUGUGUAAACAGGGGUACAAAGAUGCUCUGCACUUUUUAAAGAGAAACGGUUUGCUUAACUUCAACGGGCCUCAAAGUGUCAUACCCCUGCUGGCCAACAGAGAGGAAAAGGAGGCUGCUGAUGGAGAGCAGGAUGCUGGGAAAAAUGAGGAUGAAGAUAAACCACAGGCAGAAGCAAAAGCAUUGAUGGUGUUUUCCAGCUCGUCACUAGACGAGCAUAUCAUUGAGUAUCUUCCACCCACCCUGCACAAAGCUCUCAUUGAGGCCUGCAUGGAGAGGCGGAGCCUGGUGCAGUCGCUAGGCAACCUGCUUCCUGUCAGGAUGGCGUCAGCCAUGAUGCUGCCCUACACGCUCCCUCUGGAGUCUGCCAUGUCCUUGACUCUCAGGCUUCUGGAGUGGCUGCCAGAUGUGCAGGAAGAUGUGGGGUGGAUUCGAGAGCAAAUAUUGAAAAUCCUCCAGUGUAUCCUUCGUCAGGCCUCCAGAAGCUUCUGCCAGCACGUUUCUGCCAGGUUGUUCUGCCAGCUGGAGCUGCGUCACUACAGGUCCCUCCCAUCCAGAUCCAGCUCCACCAGCCUGUUUCCCACCUGGAUGAACGGGAGCAGCUCCUCGGUCCAGGAUGUCUUUGUGCGUCUUGACCAGUACAAGAGGCAGCUGCUGUCUGGAGUUCUCUGUAUCAACAUGGACCUGCGAGGCUCCUUCAAAACUGGAUUGACGUCGCCUGACAGCAGCCGUCCGUUCGGCUACUUUCAGCAAGACUUCACAGUGCGCAAUGAUUGUUUUAACGUCCCACUAGAUGGAAAACCGGCUAAACCUCUGAGUCGAUCUAAGAGCUGCUGGUAGGCUUCUGCAAGCAUUCUAGAUCCAGAGAUCAAAUUGUAGGGUCUGUUUUAUGUCAUACUUUUGGGCCAACACCUGACUCUGACAAUCAAUCAGUCUGGGGCACAUCUAUGCAAGCACACUUACAACAUAGGCUUGAGUCAGCACAGUCAAAAAAGGGCGAAUGUUUAUGUUGUUAAUGGAACGCAGUCAAACCGAUAGUCAAGAAGCGUUUUCCUGCCUUAAGCUACUUCUGGCUCACAGGAAACAGAACAAAACAGAAAACAAUGGAGUUAAUCUGUUACAAAUUUCUCCUCCAUUUUUAAAAUGCAAGUGUUAAUGCACUACAGGAAAUGUAUAAUAUAUAUUUUUAAGUUUCUGUGUGCGUGUCAAUGCAAGUAUCUGAACCACUGUUUUACCAUGAAGUAUUAUCAUCAUUAUUUCCAAGUAAAUAAUAACUCAUCCUGAAUUUAGUUAUGUUUUGAAUUGCUGUGUAAAAAAUGUUUUAAAUGUAAUUGAUAUUUUACAUGUGAUUUUUGACUAAUCAGAGAAUCAGUUUGAUCUGAAUGUGUUUGUGUGAAUUUGCACUUUGUCUCCUGUAAUAACCUAGCUCUUUAAAUGCUUAUCUUGUACUGUCUGCUGAAAUAAACUGCUGUGGUCAAGAUAA